AUGGAGAAAGCAUCCCAUUUAUCUGUGAUAGUAGACCUAUCUCCAACGCAAUGGCACCUCUCUGCGCAAACUUCAAAUCAGUAUCCACUCUCCAUCGAGACGUUCCUCUCGCAGCUCCUCGCAUUUCUGAACGCGCAUAUCGCGUCCAAGCAUGAGAACUCACUUGUAGUCUUUGGCGCGCUUCCUGGGAAGAGUGUGUUGCUCUAUUCAUCCACGGAGCUGCUGUCAGACGACGCGCCCUCUUUGGAUGCUAAUUCGUAUCUGCCUUUCAAGCUUGUGGACUCGACAGUCGUACAGAGGAUAAUAAAUGAGUUCGAUGCUAUCGGAGAGCUUGAGGAGGAACCUCCAUGUGCAUUGGUAGGCGCUGUGACGAAGGCACUGUGUUACAUCAACCGCAUCACCCAUCCUUCAUCAACGACGGCCGGUGUCGCAGAGGACCCGUCAAUCGUCCACGACCCUCGCAUUUUGAUACUUUCAGUCUCCCCUGACUUGUCUUCUUCGUACAUCCCGAUUAUGAACGCUAUCUUCUCCGCACAAAAACUGAAAGUGACAAUUGACGUGUGCAAGGUUUAUGGGCCCGAUACCGUAUUUCUGCAGCAAGCAGCCCACCUGACGAACGGGUCCUACAUCUACCUCGAACGCAGAGAUGCACUCCUGCAAUAUCUGAUUAUGUCUUUCCUGUCACCGACAUCCAUCCGCAAGAUUCUAGCUGUACCAAAGCAAGACAAGAUUGACUUCCGCGCUGCGUGCUUCUGCCACAAGAACAUUGUAGACAUCGGUUUUGUGUGCUCUGUCUGUUUAUCUAGUACGCAUUAUCUUUACUGGGCCUGUGAUCUUGCAGUUUUCUGUCAACCACUCCCAGUUUGUUCCACAUGCAGGUUAGCUACCCUCGUUCCCCAGCUGCCCACUUUAAUCCUGACGGACACACAGAACAAAGUUCCCAAUUAA